UUGAACAGUUGGCAGUUUGCUUCAUGAGGUAUAUUGUCCUUAUUCUGUUUGCGCAAUAUUUGGUACACAUUACCAACAUGCUUGGUCAUAUUUCAGUGCUUUUAACAGGAGUUAUAAUACUUUCGAUUCAACCUAACCGAAUCAGUUGCGAGAGACUGAUUGAGACAACUGAUGACAUCACAUUCUACCUUUACACUCGAUCAAAUCGUGAUGACCCUCAAGCUUUAAGAUCUAAUGAUCUAACCGAUCUAUCCAGUUCAAACUUUAAUAGUUCGCUACCGAAUUAUAUCGUUUUCCAUGGCAUUGAUAACAACUACAAGUCGAGUCUUUAUAUCAAGGACCCAUUGCUGAAUGCGGCAGAUGUCAAUUUAUUCCUGGUGGAUUACAGUCGACCUGCAAGCAGUUGGACUUGGGCCGAGGACGCUACAGUUGAAACAGCACCAAUCAUUGCUCAGUAUAUUGAUUUAAUAAAAGAUCAACACAAUGUUGAUUCGGAUAACUUUAUUCUGGUAGGAUUCAGUCUAGGAUGUCAUAUUGCCGGAAAAACAGGAAAGCUUCUCAAUGGCGAUAUAGACACCAUCAUCGCAUUAGAUCCUCCUGGAAUAUCGCCUUUUUACAUUGAUGCUUCUGUAGCAAGAUAUGUUCAGGUGAUACAUAGCAGCAAUUUCGGAACACAAACCAGUGUUGGGCGUGCAGAUUUCUUUGCUAAUACUAACAAGCGUGAACAACCUGGUUGCAACCAGGAUUUGAGAUGCAGCCAUUUCAGGGCAACUAAAUAUUAUGCAGAAUCGCUUGCAUCGGGAGGGUUUACAGCAGUAAAGUGUGAUAGUUACGAAUCAUUUUCAGCUGGGCUAUGCGAUGGAAAUGCUAAAGCUCAUCUUGGGGGUGUCAAUUUAGAUAAAAGCGCAUCUGGAUCAUAUUACCUAUCGACUAAUAGUCAGCGUCCAUUUUCACGAGGCUAAGCAUUGCCAGCAACGAUCGAACUAACAUCAAAGGACUAUAAAAUGUUAUUCAUCUAUGUGAAUUUAAUAUCCGUUGAAGAAUAAACAAACAAUAACUGAC